GUGUAGUUGUUAUUUCCAUAUCAAUGAAUGAAAAUGUUAGAUAACUACUGGGUGGAGAAUUGAAAUCACCAUCAUGGCUCAUACCUACAAGCAGACUUCGAAGACAUGCAGCUACCAGCAUACCGCGCACGCAGCUUCAUGCGUUGCUCUCACUUGCAGAGAGCUAGGGCUUGCCGCGGCCGAUGCCGCCUCUACUCGACAACGGCAGUGAGCACGUCUGCGGAAGCAGUACCUCGAGUAGAGGAGAGAGAUACCGAUCGACUGCACUCCUCUGCAAGGGUGCAUGUGCGGCACACCGGAGAAACGUAUUUCGAUUCGAGGUCACGACCGGAGACGUCCAUAGCAGAGCAAUGGCCGAUGGCCCUUUGGACAGCUGUACGCCGAGAGGAAUGGAACGCUGCACUAGAAAUUCUCAACAAGGCAACAGAGCUGAAGGACGUGGAGGCAACGGCG